UUCUUUGUGAUCGUUCGGUUGCGUUUACUCCGAUGGACCGGGAUGGCGUUGCACUUCUUAAAAAGGACAUGCGUCCAAGCGAGGGAGUUUAGUUUUCAGUUUCGUUUCGUGUAGUGCAGUUGUGCAUCUUGAGAUAGGUUGGGAAGUUGAAGUUUUGGAAAGUGCAUUGGAUGCAAGAAGAAAGAUCAAAUAAGAGACCGCAAUGAAAGUGAUAAUCGUGAGUGUGUUGAUCGUGGCGCUUUUGGCGCCACAAAUGACGAACGCUAUUUCGUUUUGCCCCAAUCGGUGCGUGUGUGACGACGUUAAACUGCACGUGACUUGCGGUGAAGGGGAGUUGGAUGUGCUACCGAUCGCGUUGAAUCCGGCUAUCCAGCGGUUGGUGAUUAAGUUUAAUCGAAUCAAGGCGAUCGAUUCGUCGAUCCAGUUUUACUCGGAGCUCACGAUGUUGGAUCUGAGCUACAAUCACCUGCUCGGAGUUCCGGAACGUAUUUUCAUGUACCAGAAGCAGUUAUUGCAACUUCACUUGAACAACAACAAAAUCGGAGUGAUCAACAACAAAACAUUCCAUGGAUUGGAAGAAUUGAGGGUGCUGAAUCUGCGAGGAAAUUUUAUGAACGAGUUGACGGAGAACAUGUUUACCACUCUGCCAAAACUGGAGGAGUUGAACUUGGGUCAAAAUCGCAUCGAAGUGCUACAUCCCAAAUCAUUCGAGAGUCUGACGAAUUUGAGGAUCUUGCAUUUGGACGACAACUCGAUCAAUAUGAUCCCAAGUUUGUCACUUAGCCCUCUGAAGAUGCUCGCUGAGUUAUAUCUCGGUCUGAACACUUUGAAUCAGAUCCAACCAAGAGCAUUCGAAGGAUUACGGCAGUUGAGACGUCUGGAUGUACGAGGAUCCAUGUUGAUCAACGUUACGAUCGACACCUUUCGUGGCCUGGAGAACUUACGGUCAUUAGAUGUGUCUGACAACCACUUGCUCAAAGUUCCCACGGUUCAGUUGAGUGGAUUGAAGCGUUUGGAGGAGCUGAAGAUUGGGCAGAACGAUUUCGACAUCAUCCCAGAAGGUGCUUUUUACGGAUUGUUCAACUUGCGCAAGAUCGAUAUAUCAGGUUCUCUGAAUUUGCAACGAAUUCAGGCGGGUGCUUUUUCGGGCAACACAAAUCUCGACACGAUUGUGAUCGCAUCCAACAAGAUCUUAUCGGACGUUGAGGAAGGAGCGUUCUCUGGACUUCCCCACAUCGAGAACGUGAUCCUACGAGACAAUGCCAUCCGAAGUGUACGUGAAGAAUUGCUCCCGUGGAAGCAGCUGCGCAAUUUCGACAUUUCCGAGAACCCCCUAGUUUGCAACUGUCAUCUUCAAUGGCUGAGAAAUUUACUGAAACAAAAACCAAUCGAAACCGAGCAAAGCCAGAUUAUCUGUGAGUAUCCAGAACGUCUACGAGGAGAAGCUCUGCGGGAGAUCAGCUCUGAGCUCUUGGGAUGCCAUCAACGCCUGUCUCACGAUAGAGCUGUGGUUGGAGCAAUUCUUGUGGCAUCGGCCGCUUCAGUAGCGACUUUCGUUUUAGUUGCUUAUCGUCUACGUCAUCGUUUGGUUGACAUGCUCGGACCAAAUUGGCACAAUAAACGCAACACUCUCAAAGAGGAAAAGGAGCUGAAGUUUGGAAAGUGUUUCGAGGAAAUUGAGUAUCAUCAACCGAAUUUCAACGUCUACAGUUACCACUGCCAACAUCAAGUUCAACAACAUCUACCAACGUGUCCAGUACGUUCCUACGACCACCACAUCUACGAAAUGCCGAUUCCAGUUUCCGACCUUUGAAGCCUCCAUCGUCAAAAGGACCAUUCCGGUCAUGGACAAUCAUCAUGUUGACUCGCGCUCACUGGAGGGCCUGACUUCCGGUCUUCAUUUUGCAUGCUUGACCCCGGAUUGCUCGAAGGCUUGAUUUAGAAGCAGCGGCUAGCCAUUUCCGUGCGCCAUCUUCGGCCGGCGUUGGGUAUCCCGUCUCGAGAAUUUGAAUAUUACUGUUCAUCAUAAAACGGGGGGACCUCAGCUCGCCUCGGCAAAGUGUGUCCGACCCAACGGGGACGACGAAGAAAGAGGAACACGAGAAAAUAAAUGAGUUCAUUUAUUUAUUUUAAAAACAAUCAUAAAAGUUUUCUUCAUUUUGCUAUCACCAUCCGUUUGCCACCGGGUUUUUCAUCGUUUGCUUCGUGUAUUUGACCAUUGUCCUUCUUGCCUGUGGCCGUUUAAUCCUGGUCUUCCUCGGUUUCUGACCUUUUUUUCUCUAUUGACCAUCAAGAAGUCCCUUUUUACUGGGACAAGAUUUAUGUCGCAUUUUCCCUGCUGAGACGGUUCUGUCCAAGAGUGUGUGAAAUUUUCGGCCAUGCUUUCGUUUUUUAACACUCCUCACAAAUCCGAAAAAAGUCCAGCUCAGAUCACCACUCGCUGAUACUACACAUCAGAGAGCUAGGAUUCCAUCCAGCUACUACUGUAGAUAAAAAGAGAACGAAAUCCCCGUUUCAAGAUUCGGCUCGGAUGGGAAUUUCUCACACGCCUAUUAUCCUUCCAGCAGCGAGAAGCGCUGGUAGGUCCUAUACCCGAAGCUUGCUGGAGUGGAUUCACAUUACACAGAGCCUUCAGAACGGCACUUCUCGCUGCUGGUCGUGCAGCACAAAAGAGGUCCUUUUUCCUCGCUUUGUGCCAUUGUACAAGUGAGCCUGAGAGAUUUGCUCGGAGAUUGCUUUUCGAUUGCAUUGCGUGCCACCCCGCACCUUCAGAAUCGCCCCUUGAACGGUUGCCCUCCAAAUGAACCAGAAAGCAAAAGAAAUCGACGAGAGUUUGUUGAUGGCUGGUGUAAGGACCCAUCAAGUAGCAACGAUGACGACGACGAAAUUACGACAAAAGAAGAAAUAAUUCAAACCCAUCAGAUUAGUCCGGGGGUUGGAAAACAACCUGUUCGAAGGUUUUCAUUUCUGUUCGGGUUUUUUU